GGUUGGGAACGGGGCGUCCUACCGAGGAACAGUCUCUGUGACGGAGACAGGCAAGACGUGUCAGCGUUGGGACAGUCAGACACCUCAUGGACACAACCAAACAGCUGAGAACUACCCGUCAUCCGGACUGGAGCAGAACUACUGCCGGAAUCCGGACCGCCGUGCCGGAGCAUGGUGCUACACCACGGAUUCCGGAACCAGAUGGGAGUACUGUGACGUACCGUUUUGUGCUUGGCGCGAGGACCAGCGUUGCGGACAGGACUACCCCAGCCCUGCUGAUGCCGACAGUCCUGCUGAAUGUAACCCUAGCGGCCAUUUCCCCUGCUGCUCCCCGGAGGGCAGGUGCGGAAACACUGUACUCCACUGUAACUGUCAGGACUGUGUCGACUACAGGGACCCAGACCAAGGGGGUGCUGAGUGUGCGGAGGGCGAACACCGGUGCCCGAACUGGAGGUGCAUCCCGGAAUCGCUGUGGUGUGACGGCAUUUACGGCAACUGUCCAAACUCCGAAGACGAAGCGGACUGUGGCGACCCUCGUGAGUUUGUGCAUGAAUCACUUCAUCAAGCGGGGAAAAUACUGGAUAGCAAAGCUUGACUACACCGAGCGAGACGGGACCUACUACAAGGUGGUCAUGAAACCAACCAUGGCGUACCGCGAUGCGCAGCAAGCCUGCGCAGUGGACGGAGGGCACCUUGCUGACGUGAAGACUCAAGAGCUGCAAGACUUCCUGAGGCUCAUGGUUCAACUGAGUUUUCCAGCCAAGAACUUUGCUGAUUUAAACAUACACGAGUUCCAGGACUUACUGAUGUUCCUGGAUAUUGAGAGGUUUCUAGGGGAGAGCUGCUGGAUCGGGCUUCAUUUUGCCGGAGAUAACGAUACGUGGUCCUGGUCUGACGGAACUCCACUCAGCGACUGUACCUUCACCAACUGGGCACCCGGGAAGCCUCUUAACAACGGUACAAGCUGCGGGCAGCUCUUGUGGGAGGAAGACAAUGCCUGGAAUGACCUGCCUUGCGAUAUCCCUAAAUGCUUCAUCUGCCAAAUAGGCCCUGGUGAAGAGAAUGCCUGUGCCUCAGAUGAUGAUGUUGAUCUCUAGGCAAACGGGCAUUUUUUAAAGAUCCAUCUCCUCAACAUUAGAGAUCAUUGCACAACCGCAAAUCAGUCACCCCCGAGA